AUGCCUUGUUUCUUUUUCUGCUAUGUCCCUUUCCUCACUGAAAGCAGUCACCGACUCCACUUUCCGGCACCCAGAAGUCAUUCUCCUUCUCUUCAAAUCGUUUUGAAUUGUCUCCUAUUCCGUCGUCGUCUAGUCCUGCAAAUUUGUCGGAGAACGGAGUUACUCGUUCAUCAUCGAUGCGAGCGGCAUAUGCCGCGCCAUACACGAUUGCUAGUAGCAGUGGAAACGGAGGCGCUGGGACAAGAACUACUCCUGGCCGACAUAAUAGCUGUUCGACUGCUCCUUCUUCUUUAUUUUCCUCGCCGGCUAUUUCAUCAAAGUCUUGCAGAAAGCAGUGUACUUUUCUACGCACGAGCUCAAUACGAUUUUGAGGGCGAUUCCAAUCCGCUGAUGUUACCAUUAAGCUGCGGUGACAUCGUACAUGUUAUCAGCACUCGCGCAAAGGAACAGGGUUGGUGGAAGGGGUGGCUGAAUGGUCGAAUUGGUUUCUUCCCUCUCACCUUCGUCACCCGGCUGUCUUGA